UUUCAAUUUAUAAUUUUUUAUGAAAGACGUUACUUUCAAGAAAUUUGAAAUUUAAUAAAUUUUUGAAGGAAAAAAGGCAAAUGAUUAAUCUACGCAGGAAUUGGUUUACUUUCAUAUUGCCCAAAGCACGCAAGCAAGGCAAAAUGUCAACAGCUUCGAAACCAAAAGGUCAACCACCACCGAAACUGCCGCCACAACUGAUGCACAAUCACCGUCAGAUGGCACUGAGGAAUGUGGCAGUUGCAGUCGGUUCAGCUCUAUUCGCCGCCAUGGCUUUCCAUUUGUUGCAUAACAAGCCAAAGAAGAAGAAAUAUCGCGAUUUUUACAGUAAUUACGAUCCAGAGAAAUCUUUUAUGCGCAUGGCAGAGGGUGGUUAUCUGCACUCCUGCCCGCCUUGUUCGCUAAAGGACGACGAGGAGGGUGAAGGCGAUAAAAAGAAGAGAAAGUAAAAUCUAAAUUUUUCAUUAUGUAAUUUUCGUUUAAUAAAAAAUAAUUAAAAAAUGCAUUUAAUGCAAAA